UUCAGAGCGAGCGCACACCUUCUCUUUUUCUAACAUGACUGCUGCUGAGCUGAAGCUGUUCUUCCUCCUCUUCUACUCUCUAUGGCCAUACUAUCUCGUCGCAGUGAACAUUUCUCAUCUACCAGGCUUCAAUGGGGAACUUCCUUUUCGGUUGGAGACUGGAUAUGUAACAAUGGAUGAAGAGACCGGAGCUGAGCUCUUUUACUACUUUGUGGAGUCGGAGAGAAACCCUAACGAGGACCCUCUUCUUCUAUGGCUCAUUGGAGGCCCUGGAUGCUCUGGUUUCAACGGGUUGGCUUUGGACAUGGGCCCUCUUAGAUUUAAGGCUGAUGAUUUUGAUGGCAAACUGCCAACCAUAGUUGCCAAUCCUUAUGCUUGGACUAAGCUUGCAAGCAUGAUCUUUCUGGAUUGGCCUAUUGGCACAGGAUUUUCGUACUCACGAAAUCAUAAAGAUUAUUUCACUGAUGACGUGCAUGCGAAAAAACUAAUAUAUGGGUUUCUCAAAAAGUGGUUUCUUGAUCAUCCGCAUUUCCUUUCGAAUCCUUUCUACAUGGGGGGUGAAUCAUAUGGUGGAAAGAUGGCUACACUUGUUGCUCAUGAGAUAGUUGAAGGAAAUGAAGGUGGUCCGCAGCCACUAGUCAAUAUCAAGGGUUACUUAGUUGGCAAUGCAAUAACGGGUGAUAAAGUUGAUAAAAAUUCUCAAGUACCACAUGCUUAUGGACUUGGAAUCAUUCCGAAGGAAAUCUACAAGCUCAUUACGAAGGGUUGUGUAGGAGAAGACUACGUAAAGCCUCAGAAUGCUGCGUGUGCUGCACAUCUCAAUGUUUUUAAUGAUUACCUUUCAGAAAUUAAUAUAUACAGCAUACUGGAUCCCAAGUGCUCUGAUGAACCUUCAAGUCUAGAAGAAAUUGUUGGAGCCGGUAGAUCUCUGGAGGAGAACUCUGCGCAGUCCCUGGCCCAACCUUCGAUUCCAGAUACUAGUUGCAUAAAUGGCGAUCUUCUUGCAAAUUACUGGGCAAACAACCAUCUAGUUAGAAAGGCCCUGCAGAUCAAAGAGGGAACUCGGGGACGAUGGCACCGCUGUGACUCCAAUGUGAAUACAUCUUACAUACGCAGUAUCCCUACCUCUAUACCUUAUCACUAUAAUCUAAUUAGUAAGGGCUAUAGAGCUUUGGUGUACAAUGGAGAUCAUGAUUUGAGAAUCCCAUUCUUGGGCACAUUGGAGUGGAUGAAGUCGCUUGGCUUCACAAUUUUGGCUCCAUGGAGAUCUUGGCAUGUGAACGGCCAAGUUGCAGGGUAUACUGUGAUGUUCUCAAAUAACUUAACAUUUGCAACAGUGAAGGGUGGGAGCCAUGUGGCGCCAGGUAAAAGGCCUGUUGAAUGCGGUGCUAUGUUUGAGAGGUGGAUUUCUCAUGAAGUUGUCUGAAGCCAAUUUUGGAUUAGACUGAAUGACUUUAUAUGAAAGGCUGAUUAGGAGAUGAAAAAUUAUUGAUGUAACAAAGUUGGAUUUGCCUUUUUUCUCUUAGCAUUCUCUAUUACUGUUCCUAUUUUGAUGACUUUAAUGAUCAAACUUACUCGCUUGGGUCUUCCACA